CCGGGCCAGCUGGCAAGGAGGCCGCGAUGGUACGGUUCAAGCACAGGUACCUGCUCUGCGAACUGGUGUCUGAUGACCCCCGCUGCCGCCUGAGCCUGGACGACCGAGUGCUGGGCGUCCUCGUACGGGACACGAUCGCCCGUAUGCACGGGACUUUCGGCGCAGCCGCCUGCUCGAUCGGCUUCGCGGUCCGAUACCUCAAUGCCUAUACUGGAAUAGUGCUACUUCGAUGCAGAAAGGAAUUCUACCAGCUUGUGUGGUCAGCUCUUCCCUUCAUCACAUACUUGGAGAACAAGGGACACCGUUACCCUUGUUUUUUCAACACAUUACAUGUUGGAGGUACAAUUAGAACAUGUCAGAAGUUCCUAAUUCAGUACAACAGGAGACAGCUGUUGAUCUUGUUGCAGAACUGCACUGAUGAAGGAGAGCGGGAAGCUAUCCAGAAGUCUGUCACAAGAAGCUGUUUACUAGAGGAGGAGUCGGGUGAGGAGGGGCUUUCAGAUAGUGGUGGUGAAGAGGCUGCUGAAGCAAUGGAAUGAGCUUCUGCUUCCCACACAGAAGGCUGCAUUUUGCCCAAGUCUCGGACCCACUUCUUUGGAAUAGGACAUUCUGGGUGGCAACAGCAUCUUCUGCCGUGCUCCAAACUGAAUGACUGCCAACCAGAGGACACAUUACCAACUUGAAAUGGAGGACUUACUCAAACUAAAGUUGCCUUUACCUAGUGUUCUCUGGUUAAGUGAUGCAGGUUGUGAACUCUGUAGUUACAGACAUCCUUGUAUCUAAUUGCCUGGCUGAGAGUAGGCUUAAUAAAUGUAUUUGGUUUCUAUGA